GGUAGAACACCUGGCCACCAAACAGCUUCUUUUUUUUUUUUUACCGUCGAGGUUUGUUGUGGUGUUUCAUUCAUUCUAGAAAUACGACUUUAUAUAUAUUGUAUUAUAAAAACCUCACAUUUUGUAACAGCAGUGUUCGUAAAGUGUCCAACUUUGUGAGAGGAUUACUUCCGGGUCAAUUUUGUAACUUAGGUACAUAACACACACGCGUGAGAGAUAACUGUACCUGCUGACCUGUACCCGCUCUCAUGUCCACGGCGGUGCUCGUAGCCGCUGUAGUCGGCGGUGGAGUGCUGCUCCUCAUGCGCCGUCUGUUCCCCCGGAAGAAAGCGGUGAGUCUGCUCCGUUAUCCCGUCAACACUAUGCUGGGAAAGACGGUCAUUGUAACCGGGGCUAACUGCGGGAUAGGGAAGGCCCUGUCCGGGGAGCUGCUGAAGCUCCGGGCCCGGGUCAUCAUGGCAUGUCGGGACCGGCAGAGCGCAGAGGAGGCGGCGAAGGACAUCAAGAAGCAAGCGGGACCAGAGCAGGGGGAGGUGGUCAUCAAACACCUGGAUCUUGCUUCCCUGGGAUCAGUACGGAAAUUCUGUGAGGAGAUUAAUGAGGAGGAAUCCAAGAUUGACGUGCUUAUCAACAACGCAGGGCUGUACCAGUGUCCCUACACAAAGACAGAGGAAGGUUUCGAGAUGCAGUUUGGUGUGAAUCACCUGGGCCACGUCCUGCUCACUCACCUCCUGCUGGACCUCCUGAAGUCGUCAACUCCAAGCCGCAUCGUCGUCGUUUCCUCAAAGCUUUACAAAUAUGGCCACAUCAACUUUGAUGACCUGAACAGUGAAAGCAACUACAACAAAGCCUUCUGCUACAGUCAGAGCAAGCUGGCCAACUUGCUCUUUACCCUAGAACUGUCCCAUCAGCUGGAGGGGACGGGCGUCACAGUCAACGCUCUUACCCCAGGCAUCGUGAGGACCAGACUGGGCCGGCAUGUCCAAAUCCCCUUCCUGGCAAAGCCGCUCUUCUACCUCGCCUCACGUCUCUUCUUCAAGAGCCCGUUGGAGGGGGCCCAGACUCCGCUCUAUCUGGCCUGCUCCCCCGAGGUGGAGGGAGUGUCAGGGAAGUGUUUCGCUAACUGUGAGGAGGAGCAGCUGAUGGAGAAAGCUACAGAUGAGCAGGCAGCCAAGAGACUUUGGGACGUGAGCAGGAGGAUGGUGGGCCUCGCUGACUGAGCACAGUCCUCUUCUGUGGACAGUAUUAGGACAGGAGGGGGCGAGAUUAUCUGGUCCUGCAUAAAACUGUCUGCCCGGGACCACCUGAUUGUUUUGGAUUGGUUCCAAUUGCAACCUUGAGGACAUAGUUGAUAACUAUGUGACAUAUUGUGCCAAUGAAAUGUGUAAAUUAAAUGUAUGUGAGCAGGAGUGUACAUUGCAGAAAUAUAAUAAAAUUCCUGUUCAAACUUA